UUUUAGUCUUAGAGUAAAGUUGGUGAAGAUCGCUGGCUCAAGCACGAAUCGACAGAAAGAUGAAGUGGCUUUGUUUUGCGUUUUUGGUGCAGUUGGUGUGCAUCGCGAAGAUCUCCUGUAAUUCCAUACGUGAAAGAAACCUCUUCGCCACGGAAUUGUUUCAAACAAUCGCCACGGAGAAUCAACAACAGAAUGUAAUUAUUUCGCCAGUCGCCAUACAAACUGCACUGGGCCUGGCUUAUUAUGGCGCCGAAGGAAAGACAGCCACCGAGCUGCAGAAGGGCUUGCAUGCCACCGCACACCAGAGCAAGGAAGGCUUAGCCAAAAGCUACCACAAUCUAUUGCACUCGUAUGUAAAGUCCAAGACUAUAUUGGAAAUCGCGAAUAAAAUUUACACAAGAGAAGGCAUGGCGAUUGCACCUGAAUUUCGUGCAGUGGCGCAAAAGUACUUUGACUCCGAUGCGGAAGAGCUGAAUUUCGAAAAUGAAACGUACGCGGUACGGGAAAUUAAUCAAUGGCUGGCUGAGAAGACUAACGGUAGAAUACAAAACAUAUUGACUAACAUCGACCCGAGCACAAAUGUGGCACUGGUGAAUGCCAUUUUCUUCAAAGCCAAAUGGGCACGUCCUUUCAUGGAUGAGGAGACAAGCGAACGUGAUUUCUGGCUUAAUGCUAAACAGGCAAUAAAGGUGCCGACCAUGUUCGCUGACAAUUGGUAUUAUUAUGCGGAUUAUCCCGAAUUGGAUGCUAAAGCGAUUGAAUUGUUCUUUGAGAAUAUCGAUUUGACUAUGUGGUUCAUUUUGCCAAAUAAACGUGAUGGUCUCUUGGAAUUGGAGCAAAAACUAAAGGGUGUUGAUUUCAAAGCGCUUGAAGAUCGUUGGGAAUGGAAGAGCGUCGCUGUAUACUUACCCAAAUUUAAGUUCGAAUUUGACACCGAUUUGAAGCCGGCAUUACAAAAGUUGGGAAUUGAGACCAUGUUCUCCGGCGCCGCUGACUUCAGCAGUAUUUUCCAGCAUUCGCCCAUCAACACUCGCAUUUCUCAGGUGCAGCACAAGGCAUUCAUCGACGUGAACGAAAUCGGCUGCGAGGCAGCAGCUGCCAGCGUUGUGGUUGGUGUGCCCAUGUCACUGCCAUUGGAGCCGAAAACAUUCGUCGCCGAUCAUCCAUUCGCUUUUAUUAUCAGAGACAAAUACGCCAUGUACUUCGCUGGACACAUUGUCAAAUUUUAAGCACUCACAUUGACCAUCAAACAGCAUUUUAUAUUUAAGAUGAAUUUUUUAUUAACUUAAUUAUAUUAUUUACUCACACAUAACAUUUUAAUUUACAAUUUUACUUUAUAAAUAAAAAUGUACUACAAUAGAAAUUACACUUAAGAUACUUAAAACUCAUUCCUCAACUUCAUUUUUCGGAAUUGAUUAAAGGAAUAUAUUAAUAAAGAGUACAGAGCAGUUCUUGCAUAAAAAUGGGAACAUUUUAGCUCAAACCACAUUUAAUU